AUGAUGGCCAAGACCGAGAAACAACCCCAUGUCCCUGCCGUCAUGGGAGAACAGCACAGCAGGGGACACAACGACGGGUACGACCGUGACCUGGAAGCCGGACGAACAGAAAGGGAGGAAGGGGACCACCGGUCGACGACCUUCACAGACGACAACUCAUCGUCCUCGUCAUCCUCCCCCUCCUCCCGCCGGCACAGCACCGCCAGCACGACAAGGCCGGGGCCGGCCCAGCGGACGCAGAGCCCCGGCGGCAGCCCCGUGGCCCGCAUCUCGACCAACGUCUCGCUCGGGCCGGACAACCCCGUCGAGCACUACACCUCCUUCGUCGAGGUGCCGGACUCGGUCUACGACCGGAUCCCUCAGCACCGCAAGCUGGUCAUCGUCGCCCUGCUUUCGUACUGCGCCUUCCUGGCGCCCAUCUCCUCCACCACGGUCCUCUCCGCCGUCCCCGAGGUCGCCGCCACGUUCGACACCACGGGCUCCAUUAUCGGCCUGUCAAAUGCGCUGUACAUGCUCUUUAUGGGCCUCUCGCCCAUCGUCUGGGGGCCAUCCAGUGAGGUCUGGGGGAGGAAAAGUAUCACUUGUACGACGGCGGUCCUGUUCUUCGGGUGUAGCAUUGGGACGGCACUGUCGCCCAACCUGGCUGCGUUCUUUAUCUUCCGCAUUUUGACGGCCUUUGAGGGAACGGCGUUUCUCCUCGUUGGGUCUGCAUGUCUACAAGACAUCUUCCGUCCCACGGAACGAGCCACCGCCAUGGGGUGGUUCCUCAGCGGGACGCUGAUCGGGCCGGCCAUCGGCCCGUUCGUGGGCGGCAUCAUCGUCACCUAUACCGACUGGACCGUCAUCUUCUGGGUGCAGGCCGGGCUCGCCGGCCUAGCGGCGCUUGGGGCCUUCUUGAUACUGCCCGAGACGAUACACCACAAGAAGCAUGAUGAUCUCGAGGGCUUGCCCGCGAGUAAGAAGGUUACGAUGCUUGCGAACAUGAUCAACCCCUGGAGGGUGCUCAAGCUUUUUCUAUUAUACCCAAACUUAAUCCUGACUGGCAUUGCCUCAUCAUCCCUUGUCUGGAAUAUGUACUCACUCCUGACGCCCAUUCGCUACGUCCUCAACCCGCGCUUCGGCCUGACAACGCCGAUGCAGUCCGGCUUGUUCUAUCUGGCUCCGGGGGCGGGCUACCUGCUAGGGACCUUCGUCGGUGGGCGGUACGCGGACCACGUGGUGAAGAAGUACGUCAAGAAGUCGGGGGGCAAAAGGAUACCCGAGGACCGGAUGCGCUCAGCACUCCCAUUCAUGGGUGUCGUGAUCCCGGGCUGCGUGCUCAUUUACGGGUGGAGUGUGGAAAAGAAUGUCGGCGGGAUCCCACUGGCCGUCGUCGUGCUGUUCCUGCAGGGCGUGGCGCAGCUGUUCUGCUUCCCCAGUCUCAACACCUACUGCCUGGACGUCAUGCCGAGCCAGGGCAGCGACGUGAUCUCCGGAAACUACAUUGUGCGCUACCUGUUCGGAUGCCUCGGCACCGGCGUCGUGCUGCCUGCUGUUAACAGCAUAGGCGUUGGCUGGUUCAGCACUAUCAGCGCCUCAUUCUUGGUGUGCAGUGCCGGGGGUAUCUGGGCUACCAUCACGUGGGGCGCCAGGUGGAGGGAGGAGGCUGACCGGAAGAGGAGGGCAAAGAAAUUCGCGCGGGCGGAGAGAGAAAAAGGCGAGGCGAGGGAGCCGAGGCAUGCGGAGGGUCAUGCCAGGCGCUCGUCGAGUCUUGCGGGGCGUGAUCAUGAGCGGGUAAGGGAACACGUGGAUCCUGAGAAGGGGCGCGAACCAGCGUCGGUAGACGUGGGCGCCUCGGAAACGAGAGACGAUAACCCAGCACGGACGUCAUAA